UUGCGAGUUACAAAGUGCGAGUUGCGAGUUACAAAGCAACUCCAGGUUCCGCCUCCUGAACAUAAUCAAGUAUGGAUGUCUUUAUCAGUUAUGGCUCUGGGUUGACCUCCUGUGGUGAAAGUUCAAGAAUCCUUUUACAUCACAUGUGGCAUUACUUAGUAUCAGUCCUGCACAAACAAUAGUAAACAUCACUGUGUACUACAGGAUGUUGGUCCAUUUUUAAAUUAACCCAAUCAACGCUAUCAAUGAACUGUUAGGCCAUGGACCUUUGAACUGUUAGGCCAUGGACCUUUAUACUAUAAAGGUCCAUGGGCAUGGUAUAGGCGUAUAUCGAAUGAGUUUUCAUUGCUGCAGAUUACUAGGGUCAAAUUUGCUCGUAAUGGGCCUUAGCCCACAGGGCUCCAAUUUUUAAUUAAUGGGCCUACUUUUAGUAACAAAACAAUCAUACAUUUACAAAACAGGUUUCUUUUUAUAACAAUAUAAAAUGUGGUUGUCAAUGAUCAACUGACAUGACUGAUAUGACUGACAGACCCGUCCGUAAUCUCACUUUGACAAGGCACUAGGCCUAUAUAGAGGCAUAUUGUGAUAGCAAAGUCAAAGGCCAAGGCCAACUAAUAACGGUAAUGGGUUAAUUCUAGUUAUCGGGUAUAUUCCUUUCUAAUGUCAAUGAUGUCCAGCUAGCUGCCCUUAUAUUAGUUAGACUGAACAAUCUAGCCUCCAGUUUUUGGUUAUUUUGCUAAAACUUUCCAACUUAAAUUCUCAAGACCCUGCAAAAAUCAGAAACAGUCAACAUGUAUGAUGUCUAUAAGACAUGGAGCUUCACCAACAUCACUGAAACUGUAUACACCAGCUUAUAAAUGCACACUGUGUAUCAAAUCAUAAACAGUCACCCAGCUGAGAAAAAUUAGGGCUCGCCAAGUGGCUGGUGAUAAGGUUGAUGAGAUGGACCACUGACACAUGUUUCAAGGACCAUGAUCUUUGCAACUGGAUAUACAUCAGCUGAAGCUUCAGGAUAGCACCCAUGAUCCUUUCUGGCUUCUCACGUUGUUUUAUUUGGCGUUUGGUGUUUCCAGCUUUGAAUCCUGUCAUUUUAUGUGUACAAAAUGUUCAAACUUCCAUCAAUCGGGAUAUCAAAUAAACACGAGCCUUUGUUUGCUGGGAUACCACGCUUUCGGUACCAUGAUCUCAAAGGAAAGGAGGAGAUAGGCAGUGGCGGCUUUGGGAAAGUCUUGAAGUGUUGUCAUUCUAAUGAAACUGUGGCUGUUAAAGUAUCACAUGAAGAGGAUGAUUAUUCCAUGCGGAACAUGGCAAAGGAGGCACGACUUCUUCAUGGACUUCGUAGUCCUCACAUUGCCAAUUUCAGAUUAGUGUGCCUUGAUCCGCCUUCCAUAAUGCUGGACUUCGAAUGUUUCAGUUUUCGUCCUUUCGGUAUUGAUAGGGAAUUCUAUAACCUCAAAGAGUAUCUGAAUUUUCUGAACAAAUUAGAUGACGCGUCGUUCUUCUUCGAAUUCCUUCCCAAUACUUUGGACGACAUUGUGCAAGGCCUCGGUUAUCUCCAUGGAAAGGGAGUGGCCCAUCGGGAUUUGAAGCCCCAUAAUAUUCUAGUUUCGAACCAAAACUAUGCUCAUGUUCGAGCGGAUGACCCUGGGUUCGCGCGUGUCUUUAAAGAUCGACCAAUAACAUGCAAAUUGACCGAUUUUGGAGAGAGUCGGUCAGACUUAAUUCAGACUCGAACACUUGCAAAUGCGAACACACGCACUGUUGAAAGAGGUACGAAUCCGUACCUUGCUCCAGAGGCAAUAGUGCCAAGUCUAAUGCUGAAAUCUGCAACAUCGGCUGAUCUCUUCAAAAUCGACAUUUGGGCACUCGGCAUGACCAUAUUCGGCAUUCUUAACCCAGGUCUCCCAUUCCCGUUUCGCGAAGAAUUCGAGGCUUUGCCGAAAGCAAAAGAUGUUAGGGCUGACCCAACUGAGCAAUUUAAGCAACACAUCAUAAAUAAGCUUGAGAAAGGACAACGGCCCUCACCAUCGAUGAAGUAUGCGAACCUCCAAAAUACAGACUGGAGCAGUAUAAGGAAAAUAUACAGGAUGUGCACACUACAAAGCCCAGCAGCACGGCCGCUUGUUCAGGAUAUAAUUCAGAUGGUUCAGAACACAAGGUAAGGCAUUUUCAUCCCGUAAACAUCUCGGGUAAAAUUCAAUAUAAUUUGUGGUACGACUGGACAUUGAGUAUGGAGAAUAACAUUAUAAAGACACAUACAUAUCUAUUUCAGGCAUCAAGGAAAUUUAGGAAGUCAUCAUGCUGAGCAACCAG